UUGGCCCGUCAGAGGAACAGUCUCGCUGGUCAGAAGCGUUGGCUGGUGAACUCUGCCGUUAGACGCCGCGGUGACACGGGACAUAGGGACCCCAGGUUGGAUGUGCACGUGGCGCAUCAGAGGAACAGUCCGUCUCUCUAGUGAGACGCUUCUGCUGCUGAACUCUGCCGUUAGAUGCUGCGGUGACACGGGAACUAGGGACCCCAGGCAACAAUGAAGCAACUCGCUGUCCUCUUGCUCCUCUUCCCCCUGACCAGGGCAGCCCCUUGCGCUGAGGGCAACUGUGACCCUGACCUGAAACUCGCCAUCCGCCAGCUGCUGGACAACUGGGAAGACUCGUCUUGCUCUCAGGGUGACCAGAGCUCCCAGGGCCUGCCCCGGAGCUGCAAGGAAAUUAAAUCCACCCAGAAGGGAGCUGGAGAUGGGAUUUACACCCUGCGCACCAAGGAUGGCGAGACCUACCAGACCUUCUGUGACAUGACCACCAAUGGGGGCGGCUGGACCCUGGUGGCCAGCGUGCACGAGAACAACAUCUACGGGAAGUGCACGGAGGGCGACCGCUGGUCCAGCCAGCAGGGGAGCAACGCCAACUACCCCGAGGGAGACGGCAACUGGGCCAAUUACAACACCUUCGGCUCCGCGGUGGGCGCCACCAGCGACGACUACAAGAACCCAGGUUAUUAUGAUCUGCAAGCCCAGGACCUGUCUGUGUGGCACGUGAGCAACAAUACACCCCUGAAGGAAUGGAAGACCAGGUCCAUCCUGCGGUACCACACCGAAACAGGCUUCCUGUCUGAAGAGGAAGGGAACCUCUUCAAACUCUACCAGAAAUACCCAGUGAAAUACGGCGCCGGCGUCUGCAAAACCAACAAUGGCCCCGUCGUGCCCAUUGUCUAUGACUACGGUGAUGCUGAGCGAACCGCCAAUUAUUACCCUCCAAACAGCCAAACUGAAUUCGUCGCGGGCUACGUCCAGUUCCGUGUAUUUAAUUAUGAGAAGGCGGCCAUGGCUCUGUGUUCGGGGGUUAAAGUCACUGGCUGCAACACUGAAACGUACUGCAUAGGUGGAGGAGGGUUCUUCCCAGAAGGGAACCCAGCUCAGUGCGGAGAUUUCACUGCCUUUGCCUGGGACGGCUACGGAACCCAUCGGGGCUGGAGCGUAUCCAAGGAGAUGCUUGAAUCCGCAGUGCUGCUCUUCUACCGCUGAGUCUGGAAAGGCCGACGUGCCGCAGUAAAGAACACUGCUCCCUUCCAGCCCGGCCUGCUCCCUGGGAGGAGAAAUAUCUGUGAUGCAAAUAAAUAAAGUGAAGUGGGCUGG